UUGCACCUGGGUAAGUGGUCUGAGGACAGUAAAGGCAUGUGUAUUCCCAUUAUGAAAACUGCAUGGCUUCAGGUUUGCCUGAAUCCAUCAUUGCAGCUGCAUGUUCAAGAAGUGGCCAGAGGGUUCUGCAUGUUGAUUCAAGAAGCUACUAUGGAGGAAACUGGGCCAGUUUUAGCUUUUCAGGAAUACUGUCCUGGCUAAAGGAAUACCAGGAAAACAGUGACAUUGUGAAUGAAAGCCCAGCAUGGCAAGAGCAGAUUCUUGAAAAUGAAGAAGCCAUUGCUCUUAGCAGGAAGGACAAAACCAUUCAACAUGUGGAAGUGUUUUGUUACGCCAGUCAGGAUUUACAUGAAGAUGUUGAAGAAGCUGGUGCACUGCAGAAAAAUCAUGCUUCUGUGAUAUCUGGGAACCCCACAGAAGCUGCACAUUCUGCCUGUCUGCCUUCAGAAGAUGAGUCAUUACGCAGUGUGAUCUGUGAAGUGCCGAGAGAACAAACUCCAAGCAGCGAUCUAGAGACUGCCCUAGAAAUACAUGAUGUGGAAGUAACAGGGGGAAAAGAAAAGCAUUAUGACAACAAAACUUGUGUGAAGUCAGCUUCAGAAGAAGAAACAAGUGAAAAUGUGCCUACAGAAGAAGACACUGCAUUGCAACCAAAGAAAAACAGGAUUACUUACUCACAAAUUAUUAAAGAAGGCAGGAGAUUUAAUAUUGAUUUGGUAUCAAAACUGCUGUAUUCUCGAGGAUUGCUAAUUGAUCUUUUAAUCAAAUCUAAUGUAAGUCGAUAUGCAGAGUUCAAAAAUAUUACCAGGAUCCUUGCAUUUCGAGAAGGAAGAGUGGAACAGGUUCCUUGUUCUAGAGCAGAUAUCUUUAAUAGCAAACAACUUACUAUGGUAGAAAAACGAAUGCUAAUGAAGUUUCUUACAUUUUGUAUGGAGUAUGAAAAACAUCCUGAUCAAUAUAAAGCCUAUGAGGAGAUUACAUUUUCCGAGUACUUAAAAACACAGAAAUUAACCCCCAGCCUCCAGUACUUUGUCCUGCAUUCAAUUGCAAUGACAUCAGAGAAAGCCAGCAAUACCAUAGAUGGUCUCAAAGCUACCAAAAACUUUCUUCACUGUCUUGGACGUUAUGGCAACACUCCAUUUUUGUUUCCUUUAUAUGGCCAAGGAGAACUUCCUCAGUGUUUCUGCAGGAUGUGUGCAGUGUUUGGUGGAAUCUAUUGUCUUCGUCAUUCAGUACAGUGCCUUGUUGUGGACAAAGAAUCCAGAAAAUGUAAAGCAAUCAUAGAUCAGUUUGGUCAGAGAAUAAUCUCUAAGCAUUUUCUUGUGGAGGACAGUUACUUUUCUGAGAAUACAUGCUCACAUGUACAAUACCGGCAGAUCUCCAGGUCAGUCCUGAUUACAGAUAGAUCUGUACUAAAAACGGAUUCAGAUCAACAGAUUUCCAUUUUGACAGUACCAGGAGAAGAACCAGGAACUUUUGCUGUUCGAGUCAUUGAGUUGUGUCCUUCAACAAUGACAUGCAUGAAAGGCACAUAUUUGGUUCAUUUGACUUGUACGUCUUCUAAAACAGCAAGAGAAGAUUUAGAACCAGUUGUGCGGAAAUUGUUUACUCCAUAUACCGAAACGGAGAUAGAAAAUGAAGAAGUUGAAAAACCAAGACUUCUGUGGGCUCUUUACUUCAAUAUGAGAGAUUCUUCAGAUGUCAGCAGGAACUCUUAUAAUGAUUUGCCAUCCAACGUUUAUGUCUGCUCUGGCCCAGACUGUGGUCUAGGAAAUGAUAAUGCAGUCAAACAGGCUGAAACACUUUUCCAGCUAAUCUGCCCCAACGAAGACUUCUGUCCACCCCCACCAAAUCCUGAAGACAUUAUCACUGAUGCAGACAGUUUACAACCGGAGGCUUCUGAAUUCAGUGUCAUACCAGAAGCUAACUCAGAGACUCCCAAGGAAAGCACAAGCCUGGGAAACCCAGAGGAGGCCUCUCAAUAAUGGAUAUACAGCAAAUUGAAUACCCCACUUUGGAAAUCCCUCCUGGCCUCAGGGUCUUCUUCAUGGAAGAACUGAAAAAUGUUAGAAAAUGGCAGCCAGUUGACAUACAUAAUUACCAAGAGGAGCAGGUCAUAGAAAUCCAAAAGGGGAUUUUCCUUAAAGAGGACAUUGUAAGAACACAAAACACUUAAAAAGCACAUUGGCUUGCCUGCUUCAAGAUACCAAACUUGUAGAAUUAGCAGAUAAAUAUAAAUGGAUUGGCUCCCGGGGUAUAGUAGCUAUGGAUAUGAAAGUGUACCUAUGCAUUGUUAAUAAUUCUGUCAUAUUCAGAAAGCUUUUUCUUACCGCUUUGGAUCUUUGUUUGAAAGCCACAUCUUCAAAAACGGGUCACCUAUUCCCUAUAAAAAAUAUUUUUUUAUUAU